AACGCAUAUUUUAUUCAUUCUCUUCGGCUGACAUCUUGAGGCUAAUGUAGCUGCUGCCAUGUCUGGUUUGUUCAGCUUGGCUGACGCCGGGCACCUGUUGGCAUCUGCCCGCUCCUUGUCUCAUUUGGUGGGUUUGUAUGAAGAGAUUUCAGGCAAGUGGACAACAGCAGUAGAAAAGAAGCCCUUUUGAUGUUCUACGGGAGGUGACCUCGGCGUCCAGAGGUCUGGCAUUGACACCAUCUUUGUGCCACCUUCCCUUUCUCCACUGCCACUCCAACGUCCUUCUUUCAUUUGACAAAGACGCCGUCGUGUCUUCUGUUGCAUAGGCGUCCCGUCCGGUGCCAGCACUGCCAUAACGGGCUCGACGAGGUCCGCAUCCUUUGUCCGGUAAGCCGACGGAGCCACUGCGGUCGGUGUUGACUUGUAAGACCCUCAGUGACAGACCCCCGCAUCUUCCGCUUGCUCUUCUCUCCGCGUCCAGCGCGUGCCCCAAUCCCCCCGAGACCUCUCACCUCGCGGGUCCCCCUUCAGCUGCCCUGAGAAACGCGCCCAGGCUGCGGGAGCGGGACCCGAGUGCGCGUGCUUGAUGGGCCGCUCGCUCCGCGCUGAGCCAUUAAUUAUUCAUCACCGGGGAAAGCGCUGCGUUCUCGCGCCUGUCCGCUGGCACCCCUGCGGUCCCGCCCUGGGCUGGUCCGUGCGCAGUAGCCCGCCCGGUCCAGUGCGCUCAACUCCAGCGCGGUGUCACGGUCCGGUCCGGUCAGGUCCGCUCCCGCGGCUGAAUGUCUCUCUCCAACUCGAGCGUCUUCCUGCUCAAUGAGGGGUCAGCCGAUUCGUACACCAGUAGGCCCUCCGACUCCGACCUGUCCCUGGAGGAGGACCGAGAGGCGUGUCGGCGGGAAGCCGAGCGCCAGACGCUGCUGCAGCUCGAGAGAGCCAAGACUAAGCCCGUGGCGUUUGCCGUGAAGACCAAUGUCAGCUACUGUGGGGCGCUGGACGAGGACUGUCCAGUCCAAGGGGCUGCCAUCAACUUUGAAACCAAAGACUUUUUGCACAUUAAAGAGAAAUACAACAAUGACUGGUGGAUCGGGCGUCUGGUCAAGGAGGGGGCUGACAUCACCUUCAUCCCGAGCCCACUGCGGCUGGAGGCCAUGAGGCUGAAGCAGGAGCAGAAGCAGAGGAGGACCGGUGGAAACUCAUCGUCAAGCCUGGGGGACAUGGUGACAGGAGGCUGGCGGUCCACACCGCCAUCUACAGCCAAACAGAAGCAGAAACAGGCCGAGCACGUCCCCCCGUAUGAUGUCGUCCCCUCCAUGAGGCCCGUGGUGCUUGUGGGCCCCUCACUCAAAGGCUACGAGGUGACUGACAUGAUGCAGAAGGCGCUCUUCGACUUCCUGAAGCACAGGUUUGAAGGCAGGAUAUCCAUCACGCGGGUCACUGCAGAUCUGUCCCUAGCCAAGCGGUCAGUCCUCAACAAGCGGGCCAUCAUCGAGCGCUCCAACACCCGCUCCAGCCUGGCGGAGGUCCAAAGCGAAAUCGAGAGAAUCUUUGAGUUGGCCAAAACCCUGCAGCUGGUCGUGUUGGACGCCGACACCAUCAACCACCCAGCGCAGCUCAGCAAAACUUCCCUGGCACCCAUAAUUGUGUACGUCAAGGUGUCCUCACCAAAGGUGCUGCAGCGGCUCAUCAAAUCUCGAGGAAAAUCCCAAAGCAAACACCUGAAUGUCCAGAUGAUGGCAGCAGACAAGCUGGCACAGUGCCCUCCGGAAAUGUUUGACGUGAUCCUGGAUGAGAACCAGCUGGAGGACGCCUGUGAGCACCUGGCAGAGUACCUGGAGGUGUACUGGCGGGCCACCCACAUGCCAGGGCUAGCAAACAUCAACCCUCUGCUGGAGCCAAGCCUGGCGCCCCCACCCUCUGCCACUGCCGGACUGCAGGAGCAGCAGGACGAGCCGGCAGAAGAGAACUCGCCCCUCGAGCAGGACAGCCUGAUGCCCUCAGAUGACGUCACCCAGUCGUCCCGUGGAGGGGGCAAGACGUGGAAGCCCCCUGGUCAGCGCGGCCCACGGCGGCUCGAUACCGAAGAGUACUCCGAUGCCUACGAGGACCUGUACAAACCACACCGAAACCACAGCGCCAGCUUGCACAGCUCCAAUGGGCACGAGUCCCAGGACCGGCUGCUCGAGCGCGAGUCGGAGCAGAGCCACAACGAGCGCAACAGUCGCCAGCGCAGCCGGCCCUGGCCUCGGGACAGCUACUGAGAGGUGGGUGAGGUGGCAGGCCGGGCAUCUCACUGCUCGGAGGGAUGGGCUAUACUCACCCGCCCCCCCUUCUGGGUGGGCACAGUCUGAGCCAGUCACAAGAUGACCUUUUGCCACCCUUAGGCCGCAGAGUGAGGAUAAGCCCCGCCACGUCCUGUAUGCCACUUGACCGUGCUUGCCACCGGACAAACAUGGCACCUGUCAAGUCCAGGAACAUGGGCGAUGAUGUGCUGCCAUUGAAGGGCACUAUAAAGCAGGCAGGACUUGACGGACACGUCCCACACUUGACCCCUUGGCCUCAGUUUUGAGGUCACGAUGGGAGCUUUGAUGUAAACACAUCAGUAGGCACCAUCGCCCAUUCCCUGCCACUAAAACUGGCACAUGUGAUGUAAUGGCCAGAGUCACACGUGCCACCUGCUGACCAUACUGCCAGGUCUUCCCACUGGCCAGCUGCACAAAUAGACUUCCUUGUUCACCUCAUUUGAACCCACCAGGUCUUCCAACCCCAAUGCCAGCUGUACCAAGUCUUCCUGCUGCUUGUGUGGUGCCAGCUUGACAUUAAAUGCCCACUGUCCCCCAGUCAAUCCAAUAAAGCACAACAGUAGCACGCUGCCCUCCUCAUCUGCUCCCGCUUGACACACCAUGGCUGGUGGGACAGCUGGACACUGGCACCCAUGUCUUGCCACACAGAGGUGGGCUCAAUGCCUGCCACUGCUCAAACCGCCUUCCUGUUGCAGUAGAGAUUCUAAUAAAGAGUUCAAGGCAAGCUGUGUGUGGGUC